AAAACAUCUCAUAGUGCUGCACAGACAUCCUCGUUGUCAAACCCAUGACUUGAACUCAGCACAUCGCUGUACACCUGAUAGGCUAGAGCUCACUCCACACUAGCGCUACUGUUUAGUGAACCUUCACAACACACAUGGACUCUGUUCGGACAGACAGCUCCAAGAUCUGUUCAUUUGAGGGGAGAGUGUUAGUUAGCUGCUUCCCAAUACAGGGCCCCUCAUGUCUGUUGCUGCAGGUUGUAGUCUUUUUCUGUGCAUGAGAGUGAGUCACCCCACUAAACCACAGGUAAGCCAGCGGUGUUUGAGGUCAUCAUCAGUCUCUUUUUAUCUCCAUGACGACUGGGGCUGACCCUGCGCAGGCCAGAGGGGAGUGAGGUGUGACUUUUGACAGGAACAAUGAGUUGUCUCUUAGCAUUUCGCUCAACAUCACGCAUCAAGGUAGCAGUGCUCAUGUUUGGAUAGAGAAACAAAACGAUUCCUUCAACACACAGCUUGGAGGAGUAUAUAGCUGAAUGUGUUCAUGACCUCCAAGUUCAGUAUCCUAACGCACCGGCAAUUACACCUGGAGACCUAAACCAGCGUCACUUGAGACUGGAUUACUAGCUGGAUUUUAAACAUCCAGAAAGCGUCUUGAUGGGAGGCACCUGGCAGCCCUCCCUCUCUCCUCCUCUUCAUCUCCUCUUCCUCCUCCUGCAGCUUCUUCUCUUGGCAAGGAUGACUCAUCAGGCACAACAUCAACAGGAGGAUCUCUCUUGUCUGAACGACUACUUGGGAAAUGUCAGCUGUGUGUGGAACUGUUUAAACAAAUCAGAGAAAGUCAAAGAUCAAUGCAUCCUCUGGGCCAAAACGACCAAACGAGGCAAAGAAAGUGUUUCAUGUGAAUUGAUGUCUCUGGGUCAAGAUCAUUGCUACAAAGGCUGCCAUCUUCAGUUUAACAACAAGGAUUACAGUGUUACACACAUAGCAGCCCUUGAAGUUAAGUGUAAAGGCAAAGUUGAGAAAUCUUCCAACUACACUUUUUCAAAGAAUAUCAAGCUGCGGCCUCCUGACAUCCCGAGUGUUGCCCGGGGUAACUUAUCGUGGAGCCCUGGACCCAAAAAGCCCAGGACAAUGGAAAAAUUCAUCUUUGAGCGACAGUUCAAGAAGGCAGAUGAGCCAUGGGAGGCUGCCCGGGUCCGGAACCAUACGGAGACAACGGAACAGCUGGGGCCACUGCUGCACCUGGGGGUGAGGUACCAGGCCAGGGUAAGGGUGAUGCCCUUCAUCACUGCGGAAAGGAGCUCCUACAGGGGCACAUGGAGUGACUGGGGUCCUGUACUCACCUGGACAUCUGACGUGGGAGAUCCACUUCCAACCCCACCUCUCCAACGUCUACCUCUCCCGGUCAAGAAAAUUAGUCUACUGUGUGGAGGACUUUGUUUGGUUGUAGCGAUGACAUUGUGUUGCAACAAAAAAGUCCGCACAUUAAGCUGCUGUAACAGAUUCAAGAUGAAGAGCCAACACAUCCCAGACCCGUCCAGAUACUUCCAGCCACUCCACACCGUUCACGGAGGGGACUUUCAGAAGUGGCUGAGCCCCAUGUUUGGCCCCGAGUCAUUUGCUGCCACCCAGCCCCCAGACAGCAUUUCCCCAGUGGAGGUGACCCCGAUGCUGUAUACAGAGCCCUACUUGGCCCCAGGCGCUUUCAUGCCCCUGGGGGGCAAGAGCGGCGAGGACUAUAUAGGCAGUGGUCAGUCCUCCUGCUACUCCAACAUGGGUUACUUCUACUCCGAGUCCCAGCCCGGCCUACUGCACAUUGAGUCCUGCCCCAUCUACUUCACGUACCCGCCUGAGGCUGGCGGGAACAUGCCCAAAGCAGACACGUCCGGAACCUCCGGUACAUCGUACGAGCGACUGGAGCAGAUUCAGCAGUUCCAUUUCUCAGAAGCUCCAGACCUCCACAAUCCCCAGGGGGAACAAUUGAGUCCAGAUUCGGGAUUUGGGGUGGAGGUGAGUGAGGAAGGGGGGAUGAAUGAGGAGGAGGAGGAGGAGUGGAAGAGGCAGAAAGAGGAGCACAGCUUCACUGCACGUCUCCAAAGCUUAGGAAUUCCCAUCCCCAUUCAGGCCCCUUUAAGCUCCCCUUUGAGACCCCCUGAGUUGAUGUCAACCAUCAUGGAGUGUGAAGAUACUGCUCCUGUAACAUCAUGCAAUUACACCCCUUCACCACCAGAGGCCAGCCUGGCCAGAUCUGCCUCCAUGGUAAUCCAGCCUUGUGGCAGUGGGUAUCUGACAGUAAAAGAAAUGCAAAAUACCUAUAGUAACAAGUCCAUCUAGGAGCAUUACAUCACAGGCGUUGAAGCAAUGGCAUUACAGGCGUCGGAACAUUAUCUUUAGCUAGUUAGUGUCAAGGAAUGCUACAUUGAAGGAAUGCCUAUAUUGAGCCACAACAAUCUGUGUAGUCAUAUUCACAGAUUCUCGUUCAGCAAUCUCGUUCACUACAAUUUCGUUCCGCCUAGCUCCACUCAUCCAUCUGGGAUCGAUCCAUUGGAGUGGUGCUUCAGAAGG